AACCAUUGGAGAUGCUCUAACACAUAGGCGUAUGGCUGACGAAGACGAUAGCUCGUCAUCUCCGCGGCUUGAGAAGCCCGGCCCGAGCCCGCAAUCGGCCCAAAAGACUCCCUCCAUGCGCCGAUCCGGUUUCGGUGACAACAGCAGCAAUUCGCCCCUUUCUAGAAAUCUGCAGACCGCUGAAGAGUUCAUAUCAUCCGUGGCGGCCAAAAUUGCUGCUCAGCCGCUUCAGUAUUCUGAUCCCGAAGUUUGGGGAGUGCUCACGGCUAUAUCUGAGAAGGCGCGCAAGCGCAGGUCCCAUUUUUUACUUGGCAUGAAUAUGCUUCUGACUUCAAACGAGCAUUGCAUUGGUCGGGUAGUAGACGAUGCUCGUUUUCAGAUCAUUGCACCAGCAGUUAGUGCUAGCCAUUGCAAGAUGUACCGAAAGAAGAUUGCUACCGGAGUUACUGAACAACAGUUGGCAAACUGUUCUGCAUUCUUGAAAGAUUCUAGCACAAAUGGGACAUAUUUAAACUGGGAGAAACUGAACAAAAAUAGCUUUGAAGCAAAGCUACGCCAUGGAGACAUUGUCUCAGUAGCACUUGCUCCGCACCAUGAACUUUCUUUUGCAUUUGUAUAUCGUGAAGUCCAGAAAUCCUCUUGUGUGACUGAUUGGGGCUCUCUAAAGAGAAAACCAGAGGAAUAUUGUGCUGAGUACAAGAGACUGAAAGGAAUUGGCAUAGGAGCUUCUGAUGGUCCACUCUCCCUUGACGAUUUUCGCAGCCUUCAAAGAUCAAAUAUGGAACUCAGGAAGCAACUGGAAGAUCAAGUUGCAACAAUUGAAUCCUUACACAGUGAAAGUCGUGCAGCUACUGAGAAGCAUGAAACUGAAAUGAAGGAGUUGAAUGAAUCUGUAUCAAAAUCUUUUCAAGAUCAAUUCAGUCAGUUGAACCAAUUUUUGGAGUCUAAAGACAAAGAAUUAGCUGAGCUAAGUCGAAUAUCUGCUGAGCAAAAACAUGGAAUUGAGGACCUUAACGAAAGACUUAGUGCAUCUCUGCAGUCAUGCACCGAGGCCAAUGAAAUAAUUGCAAGCCAGAAGGCUUCUAUAUCAGAACUCAAAGUACUACUAGAUGAAGAGCGUGAACAGAGAAGACAAGAGCGAGAAAAGGCUCUGGCAUAUAUGAAAAUGGCAAUACAAAGAAUACAGGUUGAGGCCAAGAACUACAGGCGGCUCAUGAGGAAGCAUGGUCAAAGAUUUUUAUGCUGUGAAACACAGCUACGUGCCUUCUAUUCUACAACUGAGGAGAUAUCAGGGCUGCUUGUGAAGCAGCAAGAACAGCUUAAAGCAAUGCAAAGAACCCUAGAAGAUGAAGAGAACAAUGAGACGACAUCAAAUGAUAUUGAUCUCAAUCGAGUCAAUGGGAAUGAAACUCGAUCGAUAGUGAGAGACAAGGACAAGGACAAGGAAGAGGUCCAUCAAAGCAACAACGAAGUUAAAACAGGAUCUGGUGCUUCUCCCCAUGUCCUUUGCAUGGAUCAAACCGUGUCUUCAAGUGAUGAAGCAAGUGUAACAGAGAAGCAUGACUGCAAUUCCAAAGGGCAAGAACAGGGUGAAGAAACACAGGAGGUAGAAUUCACUGGUGCUGAAUGUGAUGAUGCUAAUGGUGAGUUUGGCUCUGACAUCAAUGCCAUUGGCACAGCACCCCUUUCUUGUGGAGAUGCCAUUGGAACUGAGCAAAUUCCCGACACUGAAGGUGUCGGCACACCCCAACUCUUGGAAGGUGGCACUAUUGAAACUGAGAAAGUUCUGGAGACGGAAAGCCUGGAGCUUCAGAGCGGGAAGAACAUUGAUCUGAAUAGAUGCAGCACGCCAGAUGGGGAUACGAUGCAGGUUGACAAUAGCACCAAUGAACAAGAAACACCAGAACACGCCCAAAAGAAAUCCCAAUCACCAAGUCGCCAUGAUUGCGAGGAUACAAUGGAAGACACAGAAGGCGUAGGGACUGUCAACACAUCGGAUCUCUUGGCUUCCGAAGUUGCUGGGAGCUGGGCUCACAGCACAGCUCCAUCGGUCCCUGGAGAGAACGACUCACUAGACGGUAAUGAAUGUGCUGCACCUGCACAUGAUUCCAGCAGUGUCAUAGCAGAGAGCCAGCACCUCCUGUCCACCAAGUCAGAAGCCGCUGCUUCCAGACGAGAUCACGAACGCCGGGCACUUAGUGAGAUGAUUGGCAUCGUGGCACCUGAUCUGAGGGAGCAGUUUAGCCGCGCUGUUGAAAGCGAUGAUCGAGUGGGAUCUGAAAGAGGAGUAGCUUCUAACUCCGACACCGAAGAUUGCAGCGAUAAUGAAGACGACGAAGGCAAAGAAGCUGCUCGAGAAGCAUCGAAACAGCUGCUAGCGACGGAGACGUUGAAAUGGAGGGAGAUGAUGACACCGAAGAGGACUCUGUUGGAUAGUAAUAUCGAAUGUACAACUAGACAGUUCAAUUAUUUGGUUUAUUAAAUUUGUUUAUUUCUCUACUUUUUGUGCAUAAUGUUAUCGGUUGCUGCCAGUGUAGUAGGAGUAGGAAACACCAGCUGUGUAUAGUCUAUAGUGUUAUUUCUUCUCCGAUUACUCAAUUCUUGAUGCCCCACAAA